CGUGAGCAAGCUGUCCGUGCUCGGGCCCCGGAUAAGGCGUGUGUGCUCCCUGGGCGGGAGCGGAAGCGGAAGCGCUCGCCUCAGGCUUUCGGCGCGGCCCAGACUGCGUUCUCCGCCGGUGAAGGCUGGAGUCCUCGGUGUGGAGCAUUCACCUUCCCGGGGGACGGCUGGCCGCUUUCCUGAAAGCAGAUUUUUCCAUCUAAAUUCACGUCAGUUCUUAUUUCUCUUGCUGGCUGGGUCUGGAAGCGGACAGCUGUGUCAGCGUGUUAUGAUGCCGUCUCGUACCAACCUGGCUACUGGAAUUCCCAGUAGCAAAGUGAAAUACUCAAGACUCUCUAGUACAGAUGAUGGCUACAUUGACCUUCAGUUUAAGAAAAGCCCUCCUAAGAUCCCAUAUAAGGCCAUUGCGCUUGCUACAGUGCUGUUUUUGAUUGGCGCCUUUCUCAUUAUCAUAGGCUCCCUCCUGCUGGCAGGCUAUAUCAGCAAAGGGGGGGCAGACCGGGCUGUUCCUGUCCUGAUCAUUGGCAUCCUGGUGUUCCUGCCAGGAUUUUACCACCUGCGCAUCGCCUACUAUGCAUCCAAAGGCUACCGGGGAUACUCCUAUGAUGACAUUCCAGACUUUGAUGACUAGCACCCACCCCAGCCCUGAAGAAAAGAGUCACAGAUGGAACUGAGCCCAGCUUUAAGACAUUGAGCAGAAACUAUGACUAAGGGCUAAGGAGUUCUGCAGUUUGCAGAUGUUUAACAAAACAGUGGCCAGAUUUUAUAGGUCCAUCCUGAAAGAUGUUAACUAAGCUCACAAGUAACUGUCAUUCGGGCAUUCUCUUAUUUUUCAUUUUCUGGCCCUGGCAAAAAGCUCCUGACAAAGUUCCGAAUGAAUAUGCAUCAUGGGAGAAUAGCAAUUAAUUGUAUGGGAAAGUGGGAGGUUAUUCUAUAGUGGAAAGUGUUCUGCCACACCCUUUUUAGAGCUGAGCAUUCUUUUAACUAGUCCUCAUGGUCAGAAUGUUCUUAUGGAAAAUGGAAGAAUGCGAUAUGUCAGAUUUCUUAUUACUAAGUAAUUUAUUUUGAAAAUAAGUGUCUUCUCCCCAUACUCUUUAACUCUGUGUUCCAGGGGAAGACCUUGGCACAAUCAAAUAUCAGUGUGGUGCAUCUAUAAUAUUUUUUACUUGCUUUCUUACUAACAACUAGGAAUUAGCAAAUUUUCAAAAUGUAAACACUUUUCUCUGUACACCAAUCCUUGGCCAGCUCUGAUCUGGCUCACUGAUAGGUUGGCCAGCAUAUAAUUUGGAUCAUUCUGUCCUGUGUAGAUCAAAAUGUUCUUACACUAUACCUUUAUGGACUAGACUUUUGGCUGCUUCCUAAGGAAAAAAUGUAGACUAAUGGUUAUUAUUUAGAGUUUAUAAUCCUGUUGUUAGCACCCUGUAUUAAUGUCAUUCUGCUGAAGAUUUUAAGAACUGGCCUGGAUCUCUAGAGGACUGGAUUGGCUUGAUCUGCCUCCUAGCCUGCAAAAAGUAACUUGUAUUCAAAAGAAAUUAAAAUGUCAAAAUCUAAAUCCUAGACUUAAAAAUUAAUUUUAACCUAUUUUAGAAAACAGUUUAAUGAUUAUAUGGCUUUGAUCUCAAUCCCCAGGACAACCUUCAGUUUUAGUUAACUAGCAUUGUGCUUAGACUGCUUUCUAGUCAUUGUUUUAUUCUGAAGUCAGAGCUGUAGUUUUUCCAGUAGUCAUGUAUGCAUAUGAGAGUUGAACUAUGAAGAAAGCUGAGUGCCAAAGAAUUGAUGCUUUUGAGCUGUGGUGUUGAAGAAGACUCUUGAGAAUCCCUUGGACUGCAAGGAGAUCCAACCAGUCAAUCUUAAAGGAAAUCAGUCCUGAAUAUUCAUUGGAGGGACUGAUGCUGAAGCUGAAACUCCAAUACUUUGGCCACCUGAUGCAAAGAACCAACUCAUUGGAAAAGACCCUGAUGCUGGGAAAGAUUGAAGGUGGGAGGAGAAGGGGAUGACAGAGGAUGAGUUGGUUGGAUGGCAUAACUGAUGCAAUGGAGUUUGAGUAGGCGCCAGGAGUUGGUGAUGAACAAGGUGGCCUGGCAAGCUACAGUCCAUGGGGUCGCAGAGAGUUGGACACGACUAAACUGAAUGAAUGGAUUUGGAUGAUUAUAAGGCUAGAAGUGCCAUUGGCUGAGAUUUGAAGGGCUGUAGGUAAAGUGUUAUUGGGGAAGAUGAGUUCAGCUUCAGAUGUAUUAAAUUUAGAUGUCUACUUGACAUCCAGGUGGAAAUACUGAGUAGGUAAUUGUAAUAUGCAGUUUGGAGUUUGGGAAGGGAGUCAAAACUAUAGUUAAAAUUUGGGAGUCAGUGUUCGGGUGGUAUCUAAGAGCUGUUACACCCUCACAGUGGGCACAAAUGGGGGGAAGAAAUCUAGUUUAAGACUCAGGAAAUGAGGGACAGUGAGAGGGUGACCUGAAGCAGCCACCAAGGUUAGGUGCAUUUGGUAAUGGGAGAGUAGGCUGGGGAGCACAGUAGUCUAAAAUUCUGGGGCUGUGACAGUGAAAAUAUGAGGAGAUAUAUAAAGCUUAGUAUCCUUGGUAAUGUUUGCAAAGCUAAGAACCAGAAGGUUUUGGCCAAACUAAAUUAUUUGGCCAUUUUUUAAGGGUAAUGAUAGUGCUAAUAAGGGGGAAAAAAUUAAAAUGGAAUGAAGGGGGGAGUAAACAGCCAGUUCCCAAGGUUGUCUAGGUAAGUUUCUUGUAUGCCUUUCUAGAAAUGUUCUAAGCACUAUCUGUAUCUGUUUUUCAAAAAAAACUGACUCCCAUUCUAUAGUUCUAUAAAUUUUUUCCCUACAUACUCAGUUUUGUGUUCUUUCUAUAUCCCAGAGAUGAGCCACAUUUCUUUCUAAUGCACAUCAUAUGUAUAGUUUUCCAAGUUGUGCAUGUAGUCGUAGGGUGCUAAGAACAGAGACCAUAAAAGUCAGAUUCCCGGAGUGGUAGUCAUAUCUUCAAUGCCCUGAGGAGUGGUCUUUGCUAUUGUAUGUGAACAUUCAGGUUCAUAAUCUCAUGCUGUAAUUGGAAUUGUUACAGAAGUACUUUUUAUUAAACCAAACUCAGACUUUAUGUAACUAUGCAAUGACAGUAAUGGUAUAUUCUUGUGCUUUAUAGAAAAUGUAUAAACCUCCAUAAUAAUGGU